CUCUCGCAGCAUUUAGCAAACAUCCGCUUACGGAGCCCACAAGGGACUUCUUUCCUUCUUUGUCAAUGUUUAAACUUUAAACUUUUCCAGUUGAGGACUUAAGUUUUUGAUGAAUCCCAGAUACUUGACAGUAUAAAAUGGAGUGACAAAAAUUCUUUAGUCACAGGAUUGCUCUAUAUUCUCUGACACUCACAGAGAGAGAAAGAGAGAGAAAUGGCGGAGGAGAAGCAAAGACACGGCGGCGGCGGCGGCGGAGGAGGAGGAGGGAGGAUAGUGAAGGUGGAGCCGAAGCCGAACAAAGGGUUGAGUUCAAAGGUGAUAGACUUUGUGGAGAAGGUGAUGAUGAAGUUCAUGUACCAGAACAACAACCACUCUUCUCUCCCUCACCACUUUCUCUCCGGUACAUUCACUCCCGUUUCUGAAGAGACCCCUCCCACCACCAAUCUCCUCGUCAAAGGCCACCUUCCUGAAUGCUUAAAUGGAGAGUUUGUUAGGGUGGGUCCGAACCCAAAGUUCACCCCUGUGGCUGGAUAUCACUGGUUUGAUGGAGAUGGGUGCGUGAUUUUCUGCAAGCUUAUUCUACCAGUAUUUCUUUCUAGUUUUCUUGAAGAAAGAAAUCUAACAUAUAACUUCAGUACCUGUAUGGUUCACGGUUUGCGCAUCAAAGAUGGGAAAGCAACCUAUGUCUGCCGCUAUGUAAGGACAUCUAAGCUUCAACAAGAAGAGUAUUUUGGAGGUGCUAAAUUUUCGAAGCUUGGAGAUCUCAAGGGGCUGUUUGGAUUAAUCAGAGUGAUCAUGCAAAAGCUGAGAGAAAAAUUGAAAGUAUUAGAUGUUUCAUACGGAACUGGAACUGGUAAUACUGCUCUCAUAUAUCACCAUGGGAAACUUCUAGCACUUCAAGAGUUUGAUAAACCUUAUGUCCUUAAAGUUUUGGAGGAUGGAGAUCUUCAAACUCUUGGCAUGUUGGAUUAUGACAAGAGAUUGGCGCAUUCUUUUACUGCUCAUCCAAAAGUUGACCCAUUCACUGGUGAGAUGUUUACAUUUGGCUAUUCAACUUCACCACCAUAUAUCACUUACAGAGUAAUUUCCAAGGAUGGUUUCAUGCAUGACCCUGUACCAAUAACAAUAUCAGAGCCCAUCAUGAUGCAUGAUUUCGCCAUUACUGAAAACUAUGCAAUUUUUAUGGAUCUUUCAUUGUGUUUCAAAAAAAAGGAAAUGGUGACAGAAAACAAGCUGAUAUUGAAAUUUGACACAACAAAAAAAGCUCGCUUUGGUGUACUUCCUCGAUACGCAAAAGAUGAGCUGCAAAUCAGAUGGUUUGAGCUUCCAAGUUGCUUCAUCUUCCAUAAUGCUAAUGCUUGGGAGGAGGAGGAUGAAGUUGUUCUGAUCACUUGUCGCUAUGAGAACAUAGAUAUGGACAGGCUCAUUGGGAUUGUCAAAGAAGAGCUCAAAAUUUUAUCAUCUGAGCUGUAUGAGAUGAGAUUCAACAUGAAAACUGGUCUAGCUUCACAGAAGAAAUUAUCAACGUCUGUUGUAGAGUUUCCUAAGAUGAAUGAGAGCUACACAGGCAGGAGACAACGGUAUGUAUACGGAACCAUACUUGACAGCACUGCAAAAAUCACUGGGAUUAUCAAAUUUGAUCUGCAUGCUGAACCACAGACUGGAAAAACAAAACUCGAAGUUGGAGGAAAUGUUCAAGGCAUCUAUGACUUUGGACCUGGCAGAUUUGGUUCUGAGGCUAUUUUUGCCCCUCGUGUGCCUGGCAUGACAUCUGAAGAAGAUGAUGGCUACUUAAUAUUCUUUGUGCAUGAUGAGAAUACUGGAAAAUCAUCAGUUAAUGUACUUGAUGCAAAAACAAUGUCAGCUGAUCCUGUUGCAGUUGUUGAGGAGAUACUCCACAGAGUUCCACCCGGUUUACAUGCCUUCUUUGUAACAGAGGAGCAACUUCAAGAGCAGGGGAAAUCAUGAUUGUCUGAUUGUUGGAAAUUCCACAAUAACUUUGAAAUAGAGAAAGCGCAAGUCAAGAGGAUCCAUGUAAACAUCCACACCGAAAAAUAAAACCGUACUCUCCCAAUAUUGUUCCUGGGGAUCCUUCUAAAUUAAGAGGAAAAAUAAAAUUGUAAUAAUUCCUGUGGUCACCAGUGAGAAGUAACCCUAAUUAAAAAAUAUUGGACUUUGACAAUGUGAUAUGAGGGUUCAUUAUCAAUUUUAGCUUAUCUUUUCUAAAAGAUUA